AUGAACUUUCCACGACACGAAAUGCCCGGCAUGGACAUGGGCGACGACUCGUCCGGCUCCUCCUCCUCUUCCCACAGCGCAAGCAACAUGAUGACCAUGGUCUUCCAAACCGAAACCCGCACACCUCUAUACGCAACUUCCUGGACGCCGACAAAUGCCGGGGCCUACGCAGGCACAUGUAUAUUCCUCGCCGUUCUCGCCAUAAUUGCACGCGGACUCGUCGCCUUCAAGGCCAUCCAAGAAGCCCGCUGGCUCGAUCGCGAAGCAGCACGUCGUUACGUCUCUGUGAAUGGCAAGAUACCGUUGUCGGAGCAGAUAGCAUCCAGCCCCGAUGCGCGCCGCAUGACACUCUCAGAGAAUGGAGUCGAGGAGACAGUUGUUGUUGUCGAGAGGAAGCGAGCUGCGACGAGACCAUGGCGGUUUAGCGUUGAUCCUGUCCGGGCGUGUCUUGAUACUGUGAUUGUCGGCAUUGGAUAUCUACUUAUGUUAGCUGUCAUGACGAUGAACGUCGGUUACUUCCUCUCUGUGUUGGCUGGUGUCUUUGUCGGAAGUCUAGCAGUCGGUCGAUAUGCACCAACGACUGAGCAUUAA